AGCUGACAGUAUUUAAAGCUGGAGGAGAACCGAGGAGGAUCAAACCGUCCUGGACUGCAAAGAUGAAGCUGUCUGUGUUUUUGCUGGUCGCCCUGCUGGCUCUGUGUUCAGCUGCUCAGCAGGACACUGAGAAGCAGAACCCAACGACUGAAGAAGAUUUCCACCUGAACCCUGCUCUAGGGAACAUAAUCCCUAAAAUCAAAGUGAAGAGAUCUCUGCCGGCCCCUCCAGCUCACAUGAGGAAGAGAAUCCGUAGAUCUUCCACCCCUGUUUAUGGAUCCACUCUGGAAUGGCAGACCUCAUAUGGAUCUGUCCCCUCUGGUGCUGUUAAUAUCUACCACAGUGGAGCCAGUCGCUACGAUUAUGUCUGCAAAUAUGGGUGCUCUUCAGGUUUUUUCAACCCUAGUUUGGGGUCUUAUUGCCACUAUCCCUAUGGCGAUAAAGAGCAUAGAGGCUACCCGUUUGAAAUCCUGGUGAACAGAGACAACUUUGAGAUACUGGAAUGGAGGUCUGGUUCUUGGGGUAGCGUGCCAGCAAAUUCAGUCAAGACCUGCGCUGGAGAUGAUGUUUAUGUUGGAAAAAACUGGCGCGGUCUUGGGAAAGUGCAUGUCAGACAUGAGGCCCUUUUCGUCUCCUGGGGGGGUAAGGAGCAUUGGUACAAGGAAUACGACGUUCUAACCAUAAACAAAGAUUUUGGCACAGAGCGCAUGCACAAUGUUGUAUACGACACUUCAAACGCUAAAAUCAAAGAGCAUCCUCCUGAGGCGUUUCGCCAGUCAGCCGUCAUCAAUAAUGCGUGCAGCUCGGUUGAAAAGACAGUUCAACUUUCACGUACAUUUGAGGAGGAGAAAAGAUGGGAUUCCAGCACUUCCCUUACAGUUGGGAUCAGUAGCACUAUUACAGCCGGAAUCCCCGAAGUCGCAUCUUUUAGUGUCACACUCAGUGCCGAGACAACCUCAACCCUGUCCAGUGGAUCCACUGUGACAAAGUCAACCUCUCAUUCUGUCUCUAUCAAGCAAGAUGUUCCCCCAAACCACUCCUGCAGCGUCAGCAUGGUGGGACGCAAGUAUGAGGCAGAGAUCCCCUUCACAGCGACCCUCACCCGCACGUACAACGAUGGACUGACCACAUCGGCAUCCAUCAGCGGGACCUUCACUGGUACCAAUGUUGGAGGGAUCCACGCUGUUGUGGAUCGCUGUGAAUCUCUGCCGAACGCUGAUCCUUGCCCUAAUGGCCAAUGAGAGAAGCUUUUAAAGGUCAUAGAUGAAGCAGAAUGCUUAAACUGCAUGAGAUUAUUGAUUAAAUGAAAAUAUAUUCUAGCAUCUAAUCAUUUUCUUUUUCUUUUUUGAUUAUCAUUGUAUCAGAAAUAAACUUCAUGAAGUUCAA